AUGGACAAGGUCGAUGUUGAACAGCAGGGCUGCGCGUCGGCGUCGGUGAAGGGGAAAGUAACUGAGGGCGAAUCUGAUGGGAUACGAAGAGACAGGUUUGGCUGCGUUAUAAUGUCGAAGUCGAAGAGUCAUUCGUUGUGUUUUGCGGAUGAGGUCCCAGGGGCCAAUCGGGAAUCACUGGUCUUCACUGUCAAUGUUGAGAGCUUCAAGAAGCACAAUGGAGCAUUCAACCACACAGCUGGCGGCUCUGUCGCUUUCAUGACGAGACGCGCCACAGAAUGUUUCCCUAAUCACGGCGACUCCCUCUAG